CCCGCUAUUGGGUGAAUGGAGGACGGGAUGAUAGUGCACUGUACUCUGUAUAGGGCAGAUAGAUAUCCAAGUGAGACAUUAAUUUGCUUGUGCUCACCGGCCACCGUCUAUCGGCCCAUCUAUCAUGCUUCAUUGAAGUCUAUCGAACAUCACUUACUCGGCAUCUCAUACUUGAUUACAUACAGUGUCUGCCUCACUGCCCUCGGGUGGUCCGUGUACUAAUUAUAGUCCCGCUCAUCACACACACUCUCUCUGUCCGCGACAAUCAAUCCCACAAGGCAAUCAACAUCAACACAACACCACACAAUGGCUGUGGCGUGGCAUGGCUGGCAUUCCUUUCUUACGUCGUCACCUCUCACAGCCAUCCAUGUGGAUAAUACAUCAUCCCAAGGU